CUGAAAUGAAAAAUCCGUUGAUCAUUCAUAUUUCCAAUUUUCAAUCAUUUGAUUCGUGAACUCCAGUCAUUUGGACUUGUCGGUGAUGUUAUUUCCUUUUUAGGGUUUCAAUAGCCUCUUUAUCUGCACUGAAAAUUGCAUUGAUUAUACUAUUGUGUACACUCUGAAAAUCCUACUCAACUUGAAGAUGUCCGAAUCCAUUGUUUUCAUCACUCAUCUCGACAGUUCUGUUACCGAGCCCGAACAAACUUGCACCUUUUGGGGGAUAGAGGAAUCUGAUUGGGCAGCAUAUGUUUUAAUUAAAAAAAACAUAGCCAGUAUUCAGCAAGGUCUGGAAGUGAACCAACAUCCCCGUUUAACAAUUAGAAACUCAAAGACUGCACUUGAUGUAUUGGAGCAACUUACAUGUUGUGUCUUGAAAGAUGAUCAGUGGCAGCGAGCAAGAAUCAUUGAUCCUGAGUUAAGCCAUGCUUGGACGGUUGAAGCUUUUUUCUUGGACUCAGGAGUGACCAGCCCAGUUCUAUUUAGUGCAGUGCGAUCUCUUGAUUUUUGGGAAUUUAUGGUUGAAGAUAUAAGGGAAUGGCCUGCUUUGGCUACAAAGUAUUGCCUCGCACCAACUGAAUACCUUGCUAAAGGGACCCUGUGGACCGAAGAAAUGUUGAACACUGUGAAGUCUAAACUGGUUAACCAUACUUGGAAAGCUGUGCCCAUCUGUGCCAGUCUAUGCCCAUCUGAUAUUGGGGAUAAUCAGUUUGUAAAUCUUUCCAGUUCUGACAAAAGUUUCCCUUGUGAACACAUCACAGCCCCACCGAAAUUCUCUCCAAGCCUCCCCCGUUCAUUCAGAAACAAAAAGAUAUCCAAUGGACGUCAUGAUGUCAUCAUAUCGCAUGUUGCUCAAGGACCUUCAGAUUUCUAUCUGCAGCUGAAAAGUGAAGCGGGCGACAUUUUGGAGUUACGCGAAGGUCUGAGCGCGGAAAUCCCUCUACCCUACACAGGAGUUUAUGAACCAGGAACGGUUUGCACUGCUGUUUCUUCAGUUGACAAGCUUUUACAUCGUGGAUCUAUCUACAAGCCUAAAAUUGGAAAUCGGUGCGCGGUUUUUUUGCCUGAUAUUGGGAUUCGCGAAUUCGUCGACACCUUACAAGUUUUUGACAUUCCAGACCAAUUGCUUGUGGUACACUCAUUAGCAUACCGUGCAUCGUUGUUUCGUUCAGAAGAACUGGUAGGACUAGAAGGCUUGUUUGAUCUGUUUUCCUCCCUAGUGAACUCGGUUACUCACCUAACGGCAGAAGUGGUAGAGGAGUGCGAACUUUCCCAAAAAGUAAAUCUUUAUGACGGUGACGGACGCAGUUUAAUGGAAAUUCUCAAUGAACUUUUUAUCGACAAACCAGCUCCCAUUGAAAAUGUUCUUGCCCCCGCUGUCCAGUUACCACGUCGAUUGGCUCCCAUUCAAAAUGUUCCUGCCCUUGCUGUUCAGUUACCACGUCGAUUGCCACGAUUGGGGCCCCACGUUUUCCGGAACAUCAACGCGAGGCGCUCAACCAGGUCGCUUUUCUACCUCCGCCCGAUAAUUUCCUCCCGUAGAUUACGUGAACAGCAAGGGCAGCGAAGACACCAACAAGAAAGGGAAAUCAACAAUCGCAACGAAGAAGAGGAGCCCGGCGGGUUAUUCUAUUUUUAAAUCAAAUCGAUUGGAUUUUUGUCGAACUAUAGACUAGUCAUUUAUCGGUCCACCAUCCAGUAACUAAUUUUUAAACAAAUUUUUUCCCUCAAUGUUUUUGAACUUUCUGUUCCCUCCAUGUUUUCACAAAUUUGUUUUCUUGUUUUUGAACUUUUAGACUUUUUGUUAGUUUUCCGUUUUGCUAAAUAUUUAGACAUGCAAGUUACGUGCUAACUGACAGAACUGUAAACUAUCAAUUUAAAAUUCGCUGCCAUACCCAUAUUACCCAACUCAAAAUGUAAGCUCGAUGGAAAUGUGGGAAAAGUCUUGUUUAGUUAUUCUGUUCAUUUACUAAAUUAACCCGAUGUAUGUUAAAUUCGAAAAGAGCGAUGGUCAAUAAAGUAGAAGUGGUCCGUCUACAAA